CAUUUGUUUUUUAUCCUCUUCGUUCUUGUCGCUCGACCGACAAUAUUCUCCCACGUCACUAGUAUGCUGACCCUAACCAUAUUCCCUAUACCACCUGAUCCUAUCUCAGCACACAUUCAAAAGCGCGGGAAAGUUCGCAUCUCGAUUGGCGCCACAAGAGCCCUAAUCGGCCAAUUUUCUACUAGUAACAUUUUACUUUCCCCUCGACUAUCUUCGCCUUCUCAUAUCUCACGCAAAAAUCUUAUUAGGUUUUAUCAUUCUUACAAAAUUUCGUCAGAUCUGAUUCCUUCAUCACCGAAAACCCUAGCCUCUACUGGUUUCUUCCCAAACCCCCAAUUCAAAACCCUAACUCCCUGAGAAAAAAAUGGACAUGGAGGGCUUAUCAGGAAUUUGCGCCAGUCUCGGCAUCCUCGAAGAAGACCAGAUAACGAAACAGACUGUAUACACAAAGGGCGAGCACUGUUUAGAUGCUUUGAAGGAUUUACUGAGGUUUUUAAGGCGGGAUGAUCCACAAACGCGAGAAGUAUUUAAGCAAGUUUGCAGAUGGAAUAUUGCUUCAAAAAACUUGAUUCCAAUAAUUGAACAUUGGCAACAUGAUCGGAAUUUGGUGUUAAAUGCAGUGAAAGUUUUAGUUUUCCUUUCAAUGCCUAUCGAGCCUUCCUCCAGUGAUAUUCCUCAGCAGAUAGAGUAUCUCUGGAAUAUCAAGUUUUCUCUUACGAGCAGUGAUGCUGUUGCAGUUAUAGUUUCCCUUCUUGAAGGUCCACUUGAGAAUUUGGAAUGUGAAUUAUUCACAGAGGACGACUGGAAAUUGGUCCAGCUGGUUGUCACCUUAUUUCGCAACAUUCUUGCCAUCCAAGAUAUUUCAUCCCUACAAAAGGCUGGCCAUUUUUUAUCAUUGAGAGACAGGUUUCUUGAGCUUUUGUUCCGUGAGAAUGUAAUGGACUUAAUGAUAGUUCUAACUCAGCAGAUUGGUGGUUCUCGAGGCUAUCUUCAUCAGGAUAACUUGCUUCUAUUAGAAACUUUUCAUCACAUAUUUAUGGGUCAAGAACCAGAGUUGCUUUCCAAAGCUUAUUUGAAGGGUUCUGAGGAGGGCGGAGAUACCAAGGCUUGUAUUGAUGAUCUCAAGUCUAUCAUGGAAGAGGAAGUAAAGAAAAGAAGGAUUUCAAGACUCCACCUUACUGGCCGUCAUUCACAGUUUAGUGGAACAUUUACACGGCUUACUAUGGGUGGUUCUACAGCAGUGUACAAGGCAAACCCUAAUUAUGCUUCUCAAACUGCUCUGCUUAAAUCUCAUAAAAGCCAUGGGAUUUCAACUCAAAAAAAUGCAAAGAGACAUGGACAACUACAUUUAACGAGGAAAAAUAUUCUGGGAUUGCUUCAUGAUUUUGUGAACCAGUUUCUUUCAGGAGGGUACAAUGUAUUGAUGAAAUCUAUUCGUGAGGAUAUUGAGAAGGAACAUCACGCAAUUCAGAAGGGUGACAUCAUUGUUUUCUUUAAGGUUGCAGAGUUUGUUACUUCUUUUCAAUAUCACAAGUUUUUGAACUCAAAGCCAACUGUAGAAAAUUCUACAUCUGAAGUUUCUGCUGAUAAAUGUGCUGAUAGCACAUGUUUCCAAGGUGACAUAUGUGGACCAAUUGCAGCAUCAAUGAAUGAAUCAAUGUUCCAACUUGUGAUUUCAAGAUGGCGUAAUGCAUUUGAAGGCUUGAAGGAAACUAAUGAUUACAAGUUUCUAUCUGCAGCAAGUACUCUUAUGAAAAAUAUGAUUCGUAUGUUGGAUUUAGUGCUUAAUUUAUUUCCAGAAGAUUCUAAGGAGCCUCAGACAGCUCGCAUCCUUCUUUACAAGCUAUUUUAUGAUCAGACUGACCAAGGAAUGACCCAGUUCCUACUGAAUCUAAUCAAAAAUUUCAACUAUCGCAAGCAAUCCAAAAGUUAUCUUGCAGAUUUGGUAGAAAUGAUGCAUGUAAUUAUGCAGCUCAUGGAGAAUCUUCAAGCACGUGGCUCAUUAAGGGUUUCUAGAAAAUCAAGGAAGGGGAAGACGAAGAAAGCAGUUAGUGACAAUGUUACCAAAAGUGAACAGUUUGAAGACUAUGCUGCUGCACCAGAUGGGUUUGGCUCCUCAGUUUGUGAACAAUCAGCAGAAUUUGUGUCAGAAAAAGAAAGCCCGGUGAAGGUUACAUCUGAUUUGAAAGAAGAUACUAGUAGCCCUUUCUUGGUUGAUGAGCUAGGAAUGUCUGGGACAAAAAUAGGAAGUCAUGGAGAUCUGCCACAGGUUGAUAAUGAUACACCUGGUCAUGCUGAUGAUGAUCUUUGUUGCAGCACUGAUGGUUCUUCUGGCGAUGAACAGCCAGUUAAUGAAGUUGAUUUUAAAGUUUCUACACUCAUUUCAGCAUUUGCAAACUGCAGCAUUAUUCAAAAUUUAUGCUGGUUACUUAAGUUUUAUAGGAGCAAUUCCAGUAAUACAAAUCACUACAUUAUAGGCAUGUUGCAGAAGAUAACUGAUGACCUUGAGCUUGCUCCAAUGCUUUAUCAGCUGUCACUCCUUUCAACAUUCUAUGACAUACUGUCUGAGCAGAAAUCAUCUCCAAGUGAGGGCCAUGCAGAGAUUGUUGGCUUUGUUACUAGUUUGGUCAGAAACAUGUUAAAAAAAAUGAAGAACCGGCCCCUUCUUUUUAUUGAAAUUCUCUUCUGGAAGACACGGAGAGAAUGCCAUUACAUUAAUGCUGAAUAUUUAUUGCAUGAGUUGGGCCAUUGGAAGAAAGGAAAUGGAAAACAGGAGAGUAUUCGAGGAAAUGGAGAAGUUGAGUCCUUGCAGGCCAGUGAAUGGGUUCACAGAAGCAUAGCGGAUGCACUGGGUGACGAUGAAGCUGAUGUUAUGAUCUCUCAUGACCUAGGAUGUCAGAAUGGGGAAAAUUCCAUGGAAAAUGAAUCUGGAAAGAUUUAUGAAAGAAAGAGAAGACUUGUACUAAAUGAUGACAUGGAGACAAAAGUCAAGGAUCUGUAUGAGAAGUUCAAAGAUUAUCCAAACUGUAGCCGUCUUAUUGUGGAAUCCCUAGAUCCUGAUGGUGGAAUUUCACCUGCUCAAGUUUCUAACAAACUUAAACAGCUAGGACUUAAAGUUGCUUCAAGGAAAAGGAUACGGGAUGCUGGUAGAACUUUCCAUGCUGGUUCUGAUCUACAAGGGGGUGAAAGCACUCUUCACAAUUCAAAUGAUUUAGAAGAAAGUUCACAAAGGCGACCUUUGAACUCCAGAAAAAGAGUCCGUGCCUUUAGCAAGGAUCAGGAGGCAAUGAUUAAAGAUUUGUUUGAGCAGUUUAAGGACCAUAGGAGGUGUAGUUACAUGAUUGCAAAUGCACUGGAUGCUCAAAAAGUGUUUACUGCUGCACAAGUUUCACGCAAACUCAAGCAACUUGGCUUACGCAUUCCUCGGCAGAAAAGGUCUGAAGAUAACAUGCAUUUGAGGGAUGAGGAACUAAAGGACUUAUCUGGAGAUGAAACACCUGACUCUGACAAUGAGACAUUGCUAUCAUUUAGGAAAAGGAAAACUGGAAAGCUCCCUUUGAAGUCAAAGAAUGAGAAGCUAGCAACAACAACUAGUGGGCAGAGGAUUGCCAAAAUCUCUGGAGCUAUAGCUGCAAAUGAUGUGACUGAAAGGGUUGGAAGCAACCAGUUAACUGAAAUGGAUGUCUUGUUUCACCAUGAUAGCAGGGAAGUCACUUCAGAAGCUGUAAAGCUGUCACAUGUAUCACCUGGGAAUGCUGAGGGUGAUUUGGCACAUCAGCAAGCAGAAGAUGAGUUGGCUGACUCGUGGGAUGAUGUACCAUCUGGUUCAUUUGUGGAAAGUACCAUAAAUAGAAGGGCAUGGAGGAUGGGGCAGCUCAACAUCUGGCAUUGUCUGUGGACCAUGUGCAUUCUCUUUGCUGGUAAAUUGGAAAGCGUUAGAUGCUCUAAAGCCUAGCCUAGUGUUUUAAGGAAAUGAAUUCUGAAUGUCUCGUUAACAAGGAUGCGGGUCUGCGGUCGGCGCGUCUGUUGAUAUUUUCUAAAGCUUAAAACAAGUUCUUGAUGAUACACAGACACGUAGACACGUGGUAUAUAAUCUUCCUCUUGACCUGACUGGCAAAUUUGAUGAGGACCGAAUGGUGGAGGUUUUAGUAGAUUUUAGAUUAUGGCAUGCAUGGACACAAAACUCUUGUACUUUACUUCCCUCUUUCAUGCGACUGAAAAAAAAAAUCCUUAUUGGAGUAAUUGAAAAAUAAAGGCUAAAACGAAGAGGAUAAAACAAAAGGGUCUCUGGUUACUGGUUUUAUAUUAGCUCUUGGUUUAGGAUCAGGCCUCAGAGUGAACCAGUCAUGCUUAUAGUGAGUAAAUCCCAAUUGUUAUUGCGAAUUGUGAUUAAAAACUUGGAAAAGAAAAAAAAAAAAAAAAAAGAAAGGAA